AUGGAUUGGCAAGGGCAAAAGCUAGCGGAGCAACUGAUGCAGAUACUGCUGGUGUCAUCUGCUUUUGUGGCGUUCAUCGGGGGCUACAUAUUGGGUUCAUUUCAAACCAUGAUAUUGAUUUAUGCAGGCGGUGUUGUGCUCACGUCUUUGAUCACCAUUCCAAACUGGCCCGCUUUCAAUCGCCACCCUCUCAACUGGUUGGAUCCGGUUGAAGCCGAAAAGCACCCAAAACCACAGGCCGCUAACUCUAGUUCUAAGAAGAAAACCUCCAAGAAGUAGGAUGCGUCGGGACCUCUGUUUACCCUAUCAGGAAGAGAACUUUCAUGUGAUGUUUGGCUGACAUUAAUGAAACCACCACUUUUUUGUUUUCCUUAAAAGUCAUUUGCUCACAUAUCUUGCAUGUUUUAAUCCUGAAUUCCAGGCUCUUAUUAUCUCUGUGAUUUUGUCUCUACUAA